AUGGUAUUGGCUGUCAGUGCCAUCGGCAACUCAGUUCCUCCAAUGUUCGUAUUCCCAAGAGUAUUAUUCAAGGAUCACUUCAUCAUUAACGGGCCACCAGGAUGUAUUGGAACUUCCUACCCAUCCGGAUGGAUCAAAUCUGAAUCGUUUUUGACGUUCAUUAAACAUUUUCACGGCCACGUAAGAUCUAGCAAGGGCAAUCCCUGCUUGUUGGUUUUGGAUAACCAUGAAUCACACUUAUCUAUUGAAGUGCUCAACUUCUGCAAAGAAAAUGGUAUCGUCAUGUUGUCUUUUCCCCCUGUGGCAUGUAACCGCCACGGUGAUCGGGUCGGUCAGUGUGCAGGAGCUAAACGGGCGACCUUUGACCGAAUAUCGGAACGGGCACAAUCAGGCCGAUUAUCGGGGAACGGGUUUGGUCGAUAA